UGUGUGUCCCUUUUAUUUUUUUUUACAAGUUUUAUCAAUUAAGGUAAGUGAAUUAUUUAAUUAUUACUUCGUACAUAUUUUCAUUUACUAAUUUACUGUAGAAAUAUCUGUUGAAAAAUGGCCACCAACGACACCCGCUAUUCGAUUAGAGACGUGGAAAAUGUCGUGCAAAGCAUCGAGGGUAAAAUCAAAAGUACCACCGUUUCGAAACCGACGCGUCCCGGCGACAAUUUCGUCAGCCUUAUACUUCAGGUGGACUUCGAUCUGGAAAAAAACGGAAAAUCUCGAUCGGUCAGCGCCACGGAAAGCUUAAUAGCAAAACGACUGCCGCCCUCGCGACAAAAUCGAGAAUUCGCUGCUUUGGGAAUGAAAAACGAAAUUCAAUGGUACAAGGAAAUCCUCCCCCUGCUAAGAGAUUUUGCUAUUGCAAACACAAUUGAAGUGAACUACUAUGCCGACUACAUGGGAUCUAGACUCAACAUGGACCCAAAUCUCACCGAACUUGACGAUGAAGCUGUUUUGCUUUUGAAAAAUUUAAAAAGCGAAGGAUUCAAAAACGAAGAUCGCUUUGUUGGAUUCGACCUGCCAACAACCAAAGAAUCCUUGCGAAUGCUCGCCCAUUUCCACGCCCUACCUUUGGUAAUGAAAUUCAAAGCCCCUGAAGUCUUUGCCACCUUAAAAAAUUACCUAAACACGUGCCAACUUGGGGUACCACCACCAACACCCACUGCGCAAUCGCUGGACUGGUUCCCGACAAAUCCGGCCGCCCGCAAACCACCAACCAACUUGGUUAUCGAGCAAAUGAUGCAGUUGCCCGGUUGUCAGCCCUACAAAAUCCAGUUGCAAGCGAUGAAAAACAACGAAACCGAUCUUGCCGAGCACAAAUUCGCUGCGGAACCUUGGAACACCAUUGUGCACGGUGACUACUGGGUAAACAACAUCAUGCUAAAACCCAGAAUUGAAAUGGAGCCUCGCGUCAAGAUGCUGGACUUUCAGUUUUUGGAAUAUGGUUCCUUUGGCUUGGACGUAGUAUUCUUUUUAUUAAGCAGCGUCAAAAACGAUAUACAAAAGAAUCAUUUAGAUGAUUUAAUCAAAUUUUAUUAUAAUGAGCUAACUGGAGUCCUGGACAAACAAGAUGUAAGUGAAUUGAAGCUCACCUACGAAGAUUAUCUGGCUGAAUUAAAACGGUGCGCAAAAACUUUGGGGAUCGAGCAUCUGCUCUUUAUUUCGUGCAUCAUUUUCGGGCCGAAAGAGGGCCCCGACGUGAGCCUGGGCGAAAUCAAGAUGCUGGACCAUUUGAAAAAUAUUGCUGAGAACAUGAACCAAAAUCACAAGGACAAGUUGGAAUUGAUUUUGAAAUUGGCUGGACAGAGAGGAUGGAUUUAA